AUGCUCUCGCUGAGCGUUCAAUCCUCGCAAGCCUACUCGUCCUACCAAGCUUACGUGCCCAACGGCUACGCCAAUGGACAGGACACGGGCCAUUGCUGCGGGCAGACGCAGUUCCGCUUUGCGCUGGCAGCCGAGGGCUACCGAUGGACAGAGGCCCUCUGCAACGCCGAUACAGAUGGCGAUGGCCAGAGCAACGGUUUAGAGCUCGGCGACCCGUGCUGCUUGUGGACCAGGGACGGCGGAAUUCCCGCCUUUGAUGAUGACAUCUCACUCGCCGGCGACGCCAACUCGAUGACGUUUCGAUCCAUGCCUUCCUUUUUUGCGCACUCAUUGCUGAUGGGACUCGCCUGGAUGCUGCUAGCUCCGGCCGGCGUACUGCUGGCUCGCUUCGGCAAGGUUUCCCUUGGCGAGGCCAAGUCGGCGAAGCCGGCCGCCUGGUUCCGCUUCCACAGGGCGCUUCUCGCGGCGGCGCUGAUGCUCUCCGUCGCGGGCUUCACCCUCGCCUUUUUCAUGCGCUCCGCCCCGCCAAAUCCGCCCGCAUCCGCCCUCUGUGGCGGAUCGCGCAUCGAUUGA